GCGGGGUGGAUGAUGGUAACAUAGGUUUAAGACGGAACCGCGCGGGAAAAUCAAUGGUUGUGAAUACUACGGUGCUGAGUUCAAUAUUUUGAUAAUAGUUGAAUAUCUGCUUUCCAGCUUCUAUCUUGUUGCCAUCUUCGGUUUUCACCACUUUUAAGUUCCGAUUGCACGAGAGGGAUUACCAGAAUUUCAGAGCUGGGAACAGAAUACGUCAGCUGCAAGGGUUGCAGAAGUUUUAUCGUAUAGAACUUUGUGUUCCGUGGUUCCUGUAUCCUCUGUUCUCCUUGGCGAAGCUUCGGAGGUGAGAUACUGUUGUUGAUUACUAGAUUUAGGAAAUUUCAUGAACUGGGUUUUCCGCAUUCUAUGGUUUUUAGCUUCGUUUUUCUGAGAAGUGUUUUCUGCCGAGGUUUCCGUACAGGUAAGAAGCUUUUAAGUCCAGGCACCGAGGAUAUCAUUUGUAAAGCAGUUUGUGUUAAUCUAAAACAGAGAAGAUGGAAAUUCUUAGACCAAGUAUCACCAAGUCUCACAAAUUCGUUAGUCUGUCGCAUUGUUCGCGAGUUUCGGACUUCUCCACACUUAGCUUUAGAAUUCUACAACUGGGUUGAGACGAGAGACAACUUUUCGCACUCGUUGGAAUCAUGUUGUACCUUAGUUCAUGUGUUGGUCAAUUCCAGAAACUUCAAUGAUGCGCUGUCUAUAAUGGAGAAUUUAAUGCUUAAAAAUGGUAAAUCGCCAUUGGAGGUUCUGGAAGGGUUGAUUGGUAGCUAUGAAAUUUGUAAUUCAAAUCCGGCAGUCUUUGAUGCACUGGUGAGGACUUGCACUCUGUUAGGGACUGUGGAAGGUGCCUACGACGUAAUCAAAAAGUUGAGAGAGGAAGGUUUUUGGGUAACGAUUCAUGCUUGGAAUAACUUCUUAAAUCAGCUUUUAAGGUUGGACGAGACUGAUAAGUUUUGGAACAUGUAUAAGGAAAUGGUGUCCUGUGGGUACAGUGAAAAUGUGAAUACUUUUAAUUUGCUUAUUUAUGCCUUUUGUAAGGAGUGUAAAUUACUAGAAGCAAUCUCUGUAGUUUAUUUGAUGUUGAAGAUUGAAAUCUGGCCUAAUGUCGUUACUUUUAAUAUGAUCAUUGAUAAGGCAAGUAAAAUGGGCGACAUGGUUCUUGCUUUGAAGCUUGCAAGGAGCACUAGGGUAAUUUCAGGAGGCAGUGUAUUGCCCAAUAUAGUUACUUAUAAUUGUAUCUUGAAUGGGUUCUGCAAAAUAGGGAGAUUAGAGACUGCAGAAAAUGUUCUUAGUGAAAUGAUUAAGCUGGGAGUAGACUUCAAUGUGAGAACAUAUGCCACUUUGAUAGACGGGUAUGCAAGAAAAGGGAGUUUGGAUGUAGCAUUUAGGCUGUGUGAUAUAAUGGUUGAAUUGGGGUUGAUUCCAGACACUGUUGUAUAUAAUUCCGUCAUCUACUGGCUUUAUAUGGAAGGAGAAUUAGAAGAAGCUGCUAUUCUACUCUCUGACAUGAUUAAUAGGCAUAUCCUCCCGGAUCAGUUUACCUUCUCAAUCCUUACGAAGGGGCUCUGUGUAAAUGGAUAUCUCAAUCAAGCACUAAGAGCACAUGAUCACGUUCUUGAAAGAAACCUCGUAAAAGAUGCUUUUACACACAACAUUCUCAUCAACCAUAUGUUACGGAGCCAAAAUAAGGCAGGUGCCAAGCAAUUAUUGAGCAGUAUGAUUGUUCGUGGUAUCAAGCCUGACACAGUUACUUAUGGAACUCUGGUUGAUGGGUGCUGCAAAGAAGGAAAAAUGGAAACUGCAAUUCAGAUUUAUGAUAAAACAGUAAAGGCAGAUGGAAAAUCCAACUUGGUGGUAUAUAAUUCUAUUUUAGAUGGUUUGUGCAAGCAAGGUUCAGUAGAUGCUGCUAAACUUUUGGUAGACAAAUUGCAGCAAAGCAGUUUCCUCGAUGCAGUAACCUAUAACACAUUGCUAAAUGGAUAUUGCAUCAAUGAGAACGUCGAGAAGGCAUUUGCAUUGUUUCUAGAAAUGAUUAGUGUGGGGAGCUUGGUGAACAGAGUUACUUACAAUAUAAUGAUAAACUUUCUGUGCAAGAUGGGUUUUGUCCUUGAAGCAAAGGAGCUGAUGAGAGUAAUGACUAACCAGGGGAUAGUCCCGGACUUUAUAACAUAUACGACUCUCAUUACCAAUUUUGUUAAGAGUCGUGGCCCCGAGGAUGUAAUUGAGUUACAUGAUUACAUGGUGCUUAAGGGAGCAGUUCCUGAUAGGCAAACAUACCAGUCUCUUGUCAGCCCCUGCCUUCAAGAAAAUGUCCAAGGGUAGCUGGCAGGACGUAGUAGGGGCAUGCGCUUCUGAUUAUUCGACGUGACAUCCAGGGUGGAUUGCAGCAGUAGGAUGAACGAUUCCAGCAAAAACAUCUAUCAUUCCCAAAUGAUCAGGAAAUUUUGAUAUCCGUUGCUCCAAAACUGUAUCAUAUAACAAAUGCAAGUGUUUUGCCCCUUGUAUUCUUGAACUGAUCAAAUGCAAAAUAUUACUUGUAAAUUGUAAUUACAAACUCUUAGAUAAUUUUGGCA